AUGAUUCGUUUGGAGCAAAAAUCGAAAAGCCAACUACCUACACAAAGUGGAUGCUCAGAGAAAACCAAGAUUAGUACAACUGGAGCAUACUCAUCAUCAUCAAAUCUAGAAACAUCGUUGGCUGAAGAAACCGGUGUGGACUCUCCCGUUUGCCCACAAGGAUCAAAGAAGAGCAAGAGAGUCGAUGUAACUGGAAGAAAAGGCUUGUCACCACUCCAAAAAUGCAGUGCUGUGAUACGGAUGCUAGCAUACGGCGUAGCAGCUGAUGCUGUUGAUGAUUAUGUGCACAUAGACGAGAGCACUACAAUUGAAUGCUUGAAAAAUUUUGUUGAAGAUCGUGACUUUUCUGGCAUGUUGGGUAGCAUUGACUGCAUGCAUUGGCAAUGGAAAAAUCGUCCAAAAACGUGGAAAGGUAUGUACAUGAGUGGUUAUCGUGGGGUUGCAACCAUAGUACUUGAGGUUAUAACAUCUUCAGAUUUUUGGAUAUGGCAUGCGUUCUUUGGAGAUUCUGGUUCAAAUAACGAUAUCAACGUGUUAGAUCGUUCACAAGUGUUCGAUGAUAUUCUAAAUGACCAUACUCUGGAGAUGGUAUUUAUCCUAAAUGAGCCACAUUUGUCGAAUCAAUCUCAAAGCUACAGGGAGAGAAACGCAAGUUAUUUGCACAAUAUCAAGAAAGGCAAAGAAAAGAUAUGGAGCGAGCAUUCGGAGUGUUGUAAGAUGAAGCUUGCAAAUACAAUGAGAGCCUGUAUUAUAUUGCAUAAUAUGAUUGGUGAGGAUGAAAGAAACACUUAUGCAGGAAAUUUUGUUCAAGGCUUAGAGUAUGAUGAUGUCGAAAACGGCUUAUCACAACCUCAGCUAGGAGAAGAAGAUUUUGCACCAUACCAUCAAUUUUUCCAAAGAAAUGCCUAA